GUCUGGAGACAUCACUCAGAGAGGCAGGCGAUGAGCGCUACAACGCCCACAUCGAUGAGGAGGACAUUUGGUUGGCCGAGGCACUCAACGCUGAGGAAACUCGGAUCGAGACCUGGCAGCCCUCGGGAGAGUGUUCACUACAUUCUGUGUUCUUCCUGGACAUCACACGGCGCGAGGACUCUUGGCUCCCCAUCCUGAAGGAGGCUGAAGCACAACUUGAAGGCAAGGUACGGCCUGACCGUGUCAUGCCUCCGAACACCCCGUUCUUCGAACAGGUGAAAGCGUUGGUGCCGUGGAAGUUGACCAGAGUGCAGAUCUGCCGCACUCCCAUGCAACGCAGGCUGCCAGUGGAUCUGAUUCAGGAAGGCGCCAAGCAUCGUGGCGUAGCCCUCUGGUACAACGACGGCUCAGUCGAACUGGAGGCAGAGGCUAUCAGCACAAUUUUGGUCAAAACAGCGGUGGAGACGGAGGAACAAGACAUGCUCCGCCCGCAUGUACUUCGCCGCAUCCACACCAACCUGGGACAUCCACCUACCGCUACGCUGGUGAGGCACCUCACCGCUGCCGGCGCUUCGGAACAGGCCGUGCAGGCUGCAAGGCAUCUACGGUGUGAAGUGUGCAGGCGAGUACAACCUCCCAGACAACCACGGCCAGCGAAGGUCUUUACACCACGCCGUUUCAACGACAGGCUGGGUAUGGACAUCCUCUUCUUAAAGGACAUCACCGGUGCCGUCCACAUGUACCUGUCCCAGGUCGACUACGCCACCUGCUACCACGCCCUCAGCUACCUGGUGGACCGCUCCGAGAACACCAUCCUUCAGGUUGUCAACGGCUGGAUGACAUACUUCGGCUGUCCCGAUGAAGUCAUAGCUGAUGCCGAGGGCAGCUUCAGGGGCUUCAAGUGGGAGAACCUCGCUUCGCAAUCCUCCGUCAAACUUCGCUUGGUGCCGGCAGACAGCCACUGGCAGUUGGGCAAGGUGGAGCGACAUGGAGGCACCGUCAAGUACAUGGUUGCUCGGCUCGUCAGCCAGUUUUCUCCGGUGGGAGCGCAGGAGCUGUCGCUCAUCGUGGCCGCGUGUGCAGCUGCGAAGAACUCCUUGAUGAGAUGCCCUGCAGCGUGUGGAACAAAUAUGCGUGGAAGCCAUGACAGCCUUUCACCGCUUCGAGUACGACUCUGCACUCAGGGCGGCCGUCCCUUUGAGAUCGGUCAGCGUAUCGCCUACUACAGGAAGCGCAACGCUGCCGACGGUGAAGGCACCAACGAGGGCUACAGACAGGGCACAAUCGUUGCAGUUGAAGGCCAGACAGUCUGGGUGCGAAACACCAAAGGCCGCCUCAUUUCUGCUGCCAAAGAGCAAAUACAGCACAUCGCCGGAGAGGAGGAGUGGUGGUCAUUGCCCCCCCUGGAGCAAGACCUCCUUAAAACAGUGACCAGGAUCUUCGUGAUAAGCACGCUCCCCUGGCUUUUCGCGCUCCUCCCGACGCUGUUCCUCAACCUGCUGACGAUCUUCGUGCUGCUGAAGGGCUGGAUUCUGCUCUACGUGGACGAGAACUUGUUGCUCCUGCUCAGCGACCAGCUCUACCUCUUCUGGACGCAGACGCUACACCACGACGGGGGCGGAGUCAAAGCAAGACACCCGUUCCUGCUCGAGCAAGACAAAACGUUCUUUCUCCUCUACCUGAAGAUCGAGCACAGGCGUUCUCAGGACUCGGGCACCACAGCAUCUUUGCAAAGGCAUCUGGAGCAAGCCAUGGAAGACGCCGGAGGACAUCAGGAGCUGAACCUUCUCGUGACCAACAUGAGCCCGAUACGCAAGCUACCGCGCUACUCAGCUUUUGUCGAGAAUGCGGUGAACAACGUUAUGGAGCAAGAAGCUGUUGACCGGCGCUUUGUCGAGAAGACUUUCGGUUGGGAUGGCAGUCCUUCGGAACUACAACCCUUCUUCGAGAACAACGCCUACCUCGCGGCGGCCCACCUGUUCGGAGACCACGCCGAGCCCGCCUUGUCUGCUGGCCCUCCUGGAGACAACGCCUCAGGCCAGCAUGCUACGGCUCACGUGACUCAUGCCAAAGCAGUCCCAGCUUCCGAGAGACUGGCCAAGCAGCUUUUCCAGGAAAAGAAGUUCGACAAGACCACCUGUUAUCAACUUUUGGACGCCGUGCAGCUGGAGUCCGACAAGCGGGCGACCCAUGCCCACUCCGCCGGAUCCCUGGUGCUGGGCUUGUUUUCCCAUGGAGGUAUGCGCGGCAUCACCAAGGCCACCAAGAUUCGGCCUGCCCUAUCACGUCCCUCUCCAUCGGCAAGAACGUUCGAGCGGAAGAACACCGCGACCUUCCAAGGUGAACGGUACUCCAUCACGGCCUUCACCACGAGAAGCAUUGUUGAUGCUGAACGGCACGUUCGCAGACGACUUCAGAGAAGUGGAUUCUUUGCUCCAACCAAGUCGGCGACCUGCUGGACAUGCGACGACGAGGAGAGCGACCGUGAGCUGGACUUCCGUGACCAGGACAUCCACGAGGCCUAUCCUGUCAGAGAAUGGCAGACACCCGGAGAAGGCGAAGUGGCCAUCAUGGAAACCACGGACGAGGAGGCUGAUGGUCAACCUCUGUCGAGAGUGGCCCACAUGGCGCGCAAGAAGGAGCUUCCAUGGAGGUCCAUCCCCGCUGCAGAGGUUCCCAAAUUCGUCCAAGCGGUGAUUGAUGAGUGGUCCGAGUGGACCAAGUGGUCGAGCUGUCGACCUGUGCACUUGGCCAUAGACAAGAUCGACCCGUCCUUGGUGCUCCGGAGUCGGGUGUGCUAUCGAUGCAAAACCAAAGACGACAGCUCGGUCAAGCCGAAAGCGAGAAUAGUCGUCGCCGGGUUCAAGGACCCGCGUUUGCCAUUACUCACCCGAGACGCACCGGUCUUGAGUCGGGCGGGACUGCAGUGUCUCCUCCAAUGGACAGCCAGCAACAAGGGCGUGUUGUAUAAUCCGGAUUGUAAAUCCGCCUUCCUGCAAGGAGUUCCCGACACGGAAAGACCGGAGCAGAUUUUUAUGCGGCCCCCGAGCGACGACAUCUCCAAGCAAGCCACACCGGACUGGUCUUUGCCGACGCUUUUGUAUCGACUCAGUGCUCCUGUCUAUGGUCAGGCAAAUGCACCGAGACGCUGGUUUCUGCACGUUCAAAAGACGUGGAGGUCUCUGAACUGGACACCACACUCCCUGGAUCCGUGCCUGUGGGUUCUCAAGAAGGAUGGCAAGGUCCAAGCGGUGUUGGGACUCCACGUGGACGACGUGUUGAUGAGCAAUUUGCCGGGCUUGGAACACCUACUGGCACAUCUAGUCCAGCAACCUGACGGAUCCAUCACGGUCGACCAGACGCACUACGUGUCCGAGAUUGCCACCACGAAGACAAGCCUUGCUCCUGAGACGCUCCUGUCCGAGCACCCUGAACUGGUUUCGGAGUUCCGAUCGGGCAUUGGAUCACUGCAGUGGAUAUCUGGGACAACCCGAGGCGACAUCUCGGCGGACACGUCGCUGUUGCAGAAGUCCCCCAAGGACCUGACCGUCGGCGACCUUCAGGAGGUCAAUUCGGUCCUCAAGUAUGUCAGGGCAACGAAAGAUGCCUUCUUCAGGAUUAUCCCCAUACCGUUCGAAGAGCUUGUCGUCGUCACCUACGGCGACUCCGGCUUCGCGAACGCCCCUGGCGGAAAGUCCCAAGGAGGUCUGGUUGUGACGGCCACUGACCGGAGAGCUUUCCAAGAGCGGCGACCCGCCUCUCUACUCGAGUGGCGAAGUUACCGCCACGAGCGUGUGCUUCGGUCAACCUUGGCUGCGGAGGCGGCUUCCCUGGACAAGGCCGAGGACUAUGGCAACUUCAUCGCCGCGAUGUUGUCCGAACUCGCAGACGGCAAGCACAUCGCCUCCAUGCAGCAGGCUCCUCUCUUCGAGGUUGUGCCCGUGACGGACGCACGCAGUCUGUGGGAUGCGGUGCACCG